AUGGGCAUCUGUUCAUCGUGCCUGGGCGGGCGCGCCGACGAGGACCAGUCAGACGCAUCGCAGCUCCUCGGUGACAACUAUCAGCCGCAAUACGGCACGCUUGACCCCCGCCCGCAACACCAACCGCAGCCCAAUCCUGAAGAGAUUCGUCGCGAGCGUGAGGAGCUCGAGCAGAUCUGUGCCGACACGUCCAGCCAGCUCAUCACAGUCGUACAACCAACGGUGCAGCCCGACUCAGACCAACCGCAAGUCUCAGAGACUACCGACUAUGCGCAGCACUUCAGCAAACGCUUCCCCUCGCUACGAGGCCUGAAGAAGGACGCCUCUGCACGCGCCGAUGCCGACAUGGACGAGGCAGCAUGGCUCGACACCGUGCUCGGCGGCGAUGAGGACGGCGAGGAGCCAGUCAAGGCUGUCCAAGGAGGUCUCACGCGCCAGUUUGGCAAGUAA